AUGGCCGACGGCAACAGAUCAACAUUGAAGGAGUUCAUUGCAAGCAUAUCAACAAUCAAAGGCGACCUCUCAAACAUCACCGCACCGCCGUUCCUGUUGGCAUCUCAAUCUACCGUCGAGUUCCCAUCCUACUGGUGCGAGAGACCUGAGCUUCUGUGUGCUCCAGCAUCGGAGCCUGAUGCUCAGAAACGCUGCUUGCUUGUCUUGAAAUGGUUCCUGGCAAGUCUGAAGCGCCAGCAGUAUGCAGGGAGGGACGAAAGCGCCGGGGUCAAGAAGCCAUUGAAUGCUUUUCUGGGUGAGGUUUUCAUGGGAGCUUGGGGAGGUGCGGAUGGACAAGGCAGGACCUGCCUGAUCUCCGAGCAAGUCAGGUCAGUCGAACUGUCCGCAGAAGAGUUGAACGAGUGCGAAAGUGCUGAUUUUGAUNNUAGCCAUCAUCCGCCGGUCACUGCCUGCUACCUUUGGAACGACCAGAAGGGCGUCAGAGUAUGUCUAGACAAUCGACAGCCACUCACAAUCACUAAUCCGAAGGUUAGNGCUGAAGGAUACGCUUGCCAGAACAUCACCUUCUCUGGCACCGUCAACAUCAAGCAAAUAGGCCAUGCAAUCAUCCACCUCGACAAGUGGGACGAAGACUACCUUAUCCCUCUACCAUCCGUCAAAGUCUCUGGACUAAUCACUGGAACGCCUUAUCCGGAACUGGUCGGCAGCUACGACAUCGUCUCAUCAUCCGGCUAUGUAGCCACUGUGGACUUCUCUGGCAAGCGCCUGCUGGGCUUGGCUGGCAAGAAGAACGGCUUACAUGCGACCGUCUACACCGCAGAUGACAGCAACCGCAAACACCCGAUCUACACUCUAGAUGGUACCUGGAAUGACGUCUUUACGAUCCGCGACGAGAAAGCUGGUUCUGUAAUUGGAGAUUUCGACACGAAUGCUCAUCCUCCGCUACCUGUUCAGGUUCCGGACGAGUCCACUCUCGACCCUUACGAAAGCAGAAAAGCUUGGGGUCCAACUAUAUCAGCAUUAAACUCUGGAAACAUGCAAGCGGCCGCCGAUGCAAAAAGUAAGGUCGAGCAAGGCCAGCGCGAGAUGAGAAAGCAAGAGGAGAGAGAAGGCAAGUCUUGGUCCCCUCUGUUCUUUCAGAAGGUGCAAAGUGAGCCGAGACUUGAUAAACUGAAGGCAUUGGCGCACGGGGAUGCAGAAAUGGAUGAUGCUCAAGGUAUCUGGCGCUGGGUUGGUGAUGAGAAGGCUGAACAAGUCGAUAGACCCUUCCAUGGUGAUCUGGUGCCAUGGUUGACUUAG